AUGACCGACGCGUGGAAGAAGAUGCUCCUCGAGUGUGCGCUCGAAGAGCUCGAGACCAACCACGCGGCCGAGAAGGCAGACCUGCGCCAGGCCCAUGACGCCAAGCAAAGCGCCCAGAAGGCGCAGCAAAGCAUUUCCAACGAAGGGCUCGCGACGUACAGCCGCUUGCAUCAAACGUUGCUCGACGAAGCCCAGACGCGCGAGGCGAAGGCGCUUGACCGUAAGCAGACGGACCGCGUUUCCCUCGAGCACGUGGCCGAAGGCGAAGACUGGCGCGUCCUGCGCCAAGAGCGCGACGAGACGGGAUCCUCUGGCGCCACGUUUGCGCGGGCACGCGGCCGCUUGACGGACCAGCACAAGGUCCAGUCCAAGGCUGGUGUCAGACGGGACGACGCUGCGCGCGAGGCCUUGGGGCAUAAACACCAGCAGCAACACGCGGCGCAAGGCGAGCUCGCGUCCAAGGAGGCAAGAAUCGUUCACGACUCCCAGCGCACGAAGCGCGAGUCGCUGGUCCAGCGCUGCGACGCUGCCAUCAAGUCCCUCGAUGCCAAUUACAUUGGCAACGUUCGAGGCGCGAUUAGUGCACCCAACGCCGAAGAGUACGUCAAGGAGGCGAGCCACCGCGCGCCUUGA